AUGUCCAUCAGCGUAUUAGGUGUUUCUGCUUGGAUGAGAGACUACCUGAAUAAUGUUCUCACUUUAACCGCAGAAACAAGGGUGGAGGAGGCUGUCAUUUUGACUUACUUUCCUGUGGUCCACCCGGUCAUGAUUGCAGUCUGCUGCUUCCUCAUCAUAGUUGGAAUGCUGGGCUACUGUGGAACAGUCAAAAGAAAUCUGUUACUCCUUGUCUGGUACUUUGGAAGCUUGCUUGUAAUAUUCUGUGUUGAACUGGCCUGUGGUGUUUGGACCUAUGAGCAGGAAAUAACGGUUCCAGUGCAGUGGUCUGAUAUGAUCACUCUGAAAGCCAGGAUGACCAAUUAUGGCUUACCUAGGUACCAGUGGCUGACCCAUGCUUGGAAUUUCUUCCAGAGGGAGUUUAAAUGUUGUGGGGUGGUGUACUUCACAGACUGGCUGGAAAUGACAGAGAUGGACUGGCCACCUGACUCGUGUUGUGUCACAGAGUUCCCAGGAUGCUCUAAGCAGGCACAUCAUGAAGAUCUCAGUGACCUUUAUCAGGAGGGAUGUGGUAAAAAAAUGUACACUUUCUUGAGGGGGACGAAGCAAUUGCAAGUGCUGAGAUUUCUAGGAAUCUCUAUUGGAGUAACUCAGAUCCUGGCUAUGAUCCUCACUAUUACCUUGCUGUGGGCUCUCUACUACGACAGAAGGGAUCCUGGGGUGGAUCAGAUCAUGGCCAUGAAGAGUGGUACCUCACAGCAGCUGUCAUGUCAUUCCGUGGAGCUACUGAAACCAAGCCUGACAAGAAUCUUUGAACACACAUCCAUGGCAAACAGCUUUAAUACACACUUUGAAAUGGAAGAGCUAUAG